AAGUGGAAGAUCAAACAGCGGGUCGAUAUAGUCGCGCGAUCAAUUCGGCGAUUCGUGCCGUGCAGGCCAACCCCGUGAAAUUCCCCGUCGACUUUGCGUCUCUCCGCCGAGCGUUCCCACCCCCGAGGAAUCGCCCCGGCGGUCGCCGUCUCCGCCGCAUCAAUCGGCCGCCUCCGCCACUGCCCCGCCGCCUUGCUACGGCCCUGGCGUCAGCCUGGCGGCGGCCGCAACUCGGAGGCGCUCCUCGUCACUCACGAUGGGAUGAAGUUGCGGUUUCUACUGGCUCGCCUUAUCGCCGCCACGCAAGCAUUCGCGAUUAACGCGCCGCACCGCGUGUCGUCGUCGCGCUUGUCGCCAUCGUCGUCGUCGUCGUCGUCGUCGUCGUCGUCGUCGUCGUCGGUGUGACCGACCGCCGCCGCCGGGACGUUCGCGGAGAAGACACGACGAGCCGUGACACCUGGGACAGGCGUCUGCUCUCCGGAGGUGGGCGGUGGCAGGUUAGGUUCUCACGAAAGGGUAACGGCGGACGGCCGCGAAGCUGGCGGGCCUAACGAGCUGCGUGUCGACGAUGAUGGACGACGAGGAGCAGGAGGAGCUCCGUUGCACGGGCAGCGACGUCGAGAUCGAGGAGUACACCGACACCGAGGAAUCGCCAUAUGUCGCUUAUCAGGCCGGCGAUAAGCUGUUCGAUACCGACCGCGAGAACUGGCAGAAGCUGCGCUUCCUAGCCAGCCUGGUGUCCGUCGCGGUAUCAGUUACCGUCCUCGUUAUCAGCUAUCCGCUUUAUCUCGAGAGCGUCGGCGCGGUCUCCAGCGCUUACACAGGACUCCUCUUCACUGCCCUGUGCUCCGCCUGCAUUCUGGGGAUGGUGUACUUCGUCGUGGACAGGGUGUCGCCGCCGCCGCCGCUGAUCCCGAACAGCAUGCGAGUCAAGAUACCCUGCGACGACCUGCUCAAAAUAGGCUUCCUCUACGCUAUUUCGGGGGUCUUCGUUACCUUGUCUCUCGACCGUAACAGGGUACUGUGCCACUUGCAAGACCCGAUAAAAGGCAUCACCCUCGUCUUCUCCCUCGUCUACUACUUCUUCUUUUGCCGGAAAAUGAUGAGCUUGCAGCGAAUUUUCUCGAGCACGACUAUAAUAGUGGGUCUGUUCAUAAGCGUCGAUUAUGGUCUCUGCGACGAGUUCCGCUGUCGAGGAAGGGAGGUGUCCUCGCACACAACAGCCGCCAUGAGGGGAUCCUGGGGCAUCCGGGCGCUCUGGACUUUCGUUUACGUGGGCGGUCUCGCCGCUUUCGCCAUGUUCUUCACCAUGCUCGAGCGACAUUACACCACCGCGCAACAGAACGUAUGCCAGAUGCUGACGACCCAGCACAACAAUUCUUUCCUCUACACGGUGUCUCGCUUGGUGUCCUCCCGCGACAUUCGACGCCGCGGCUCCGAGGAGGAGGGCGGCCGGCUCCUCCAUGUGACUGACCCCGACCCGACGAUCAAGCCGAAGACUUACCCGAAGCCGCCGGUUCUGCAAACUCUCUUUUACAUACACCUGAUCGCUUUCUUCGCAAUCUUGGCGGUCUGCUGGCUCGACACGGUGCCCGGCUUCGGUAGGGGUUUGUCGCCCGUAGAACUGUACCGUACAGUCGAACACGGGGUGAUGUGCCACUUUAAGGGUAGCAAGCUGUGCUCGAACGUGUCCGGCCACGGAUGGAUGUUUCUACUCGCUUACGUCGUCUUCUCGAUCUCCAUGCUCAACUUCCUGUCGUUGUGCGAGAGCGCGGUGUUCAGCGUGGCGGUCGCGACCGUGUCGCUGCCGUUAUCCGGUAUCUGGUGGAGUAUCUACAAGAUGGACGUCGGUUUACACGGCGGUUCCAUCUCCUGGUCGCCGUCAGUGACGGGCGAGCUGAUCUGCGCCCUGCUCGGUCUUCCAGUUGUCCUGCUCGGGCUCGGGCUGCUCGUCAGAUCGCACUUCCGGGACACCCAGCUACCCUACCAGACGAUUCAGUCGCCCGACAUUCAGCGCGAGCCAUGCCACAGAUGAAUCUCCUCUUCCUAGCAGGUGACUCUACCGCGUGGUGAGCUUCAAGCCCCAUGAGCGGUGAUCCACGGAAAUGAAUUCCCGGUCGACUCGACGGAACGACUCCCGUCCGUCGCCCGUCGAGCCGACCGGUGCCACGAACGACUCGACUCGACGAAAUUCACCGAGCCGGAUUAACGAUGUUAUUGUUGUUGCAAUUGACAGAUAUAUUUUGUCGACGUUUCCAGACUACACCGACGUUCUUCCUUCGGUCGCGGGGACGAGGUCCUCGAUUCGCUUACGUUUCGCAAUUUGUCGCGCGCGUCCGUACAAUUCCUCUUCCCCUACGCGAAUUCACGGUACGCGCGCGCGCGCGCUGUGAUAAGAAAAAGCGCCGAUAUCGGUAAAACUCGCUCGCCCUCCGUAGGGUAACACGGUAGGAAGGAAGGAGAAAGAAGAAGAAUGCGCGGAGAAGGAAGGAGAGAGAGAGAGAGAGA